AUGGCACCGCCUGUACCAAAUGCACGUGUCAAAACGAAUGAAUCCGAAACUUCGAUAAACACAAGUGUAGAUACUUCGAAAACAUCUGAAACCUCUAUGUCGAGUUUUGCAAGAAGCGACCUUAAUUCUAGUGGAAUAAAAAGAGACGAAAAUGGUAUACCCCAAGAGCUGCCCUCACAUAUGUUUGAAGCAGCCAAAGCUGCUAGAAGCAACAGAAGAAGUUCAGCAGAUUUAGUCCAGGAUAAAGUUGAGCUGAAAAAAGAAGAAGCACCUAAACCAAUAAAGAAAUCAAAAGGAAAAGCACCAUCUCCCCCUGAUACUGAAAAAAAUAAAACUGAUGAUAGUAUUUUAGAACAAUUAAAGAACGUUAGCGAUUUUCUUAGUAAUGAAAAACAACAUUCUAGUUUGUUACAUGACGUGUCUUUGACACCUAACAAAUCAACUACGUCUAUGUCAAUAUCUUACAAUACCUCUACGCCAAAGGUCAUAAAAACCAAAACAUCCCGAAUCGACGAAUCGAUAAACUUUAGUCAAGAUGAUAUUGACGAUAUAGUAUCGAAGCCUUUUAAAAGAGAAAGCGAUUCGUUAAACAAUUUCUUUGAAGAUUCUAAAUCCAACCUUUCUUCAAAUCAAGACGUUCAUUCAGUCGUUUCGUUAAAUAACAGCGAUAAGAGCGAAAAGGGUUCAACCACAAUAGAACUUAAUAAUAGUGACAUCACUAUACAUAGCUCACCAUUAAAUGAAACAGGUAAUUCAGCCACCGAUGAUGUGUCCUUAUUAGAUGAAAAUGAACGUAAAGCAGCUUCCUUGGGAGAUUUGUCUAGAUUCGAACUUAGAGCUAAGAUAAAUAAGCCAUCCACCGGAACGUUAGAAAGGGCACAAAGCUUAGAUAUAUCAGCAGAUGACGCUGAAAUUCAAGAAAUUACUUUGUCACCGAAAAAGCGAAAGGCCAUGUCCGUCGUUGAAACAACAUUUUUUGAUUCAGGCACAGAAGAUGUUUCACCAGACAUGAUUGAUCCAGAAAAGGGUGUUGUCUUAAAACAAAAGGAGCCAAGAUUGAGUUUAAAUAUAGCAAAAACGUCUGCCAUAGAAGGUCUUAAUACGUUCCAGAGAAAUCGCUUAAAAAAAGCAUCAGAGUUCGGUAACUUAGAAGACGCAAUCGUUAAAGGAUCAAGUAGUUCUAUAGAAUCUGACAAACUAGAAGUUAAAGACGUGAUGGUUAAAAAAUCACAAAAUAAAGAAAUGGAUACGGUACAAGAAAGCGACGACCAUGAAACGUCGGAUCAUUUGGCGAGGCGAUUUAUGGAUGAAAAUUUGAAAGUACAUUUCAAACUUGUAUCUGAAUUCGCGAAGUCAACGUCAGACGGGAGCAAUGCGAGUUCUUUAGAAAGUACCCAAGAAGUUAAAACGAGCACUGAAAAUAAAACUUCACCUAUCAAGUAUGAGGAGAAAAUAAGUAUGAAUUUAGAUACGAAUAUUCCAGACGAUUUAAAAAUGUCACGUAAUACAUAUGUCAACAGUUUAGAAAGACCUAAGUCUGACAUGAUGAAGAAACUGUUAGCUAAAAAUCCCAUUUUCAACGUACAUGUUGACCAAACAUCGCAGAAAUAUGAAGCUUCUACUUCUACUAGCAAAGCUUUACCAGCGAUGACAGAUUCAUACAAAUCCACCAUGCAUCAACCAGACAUUGUUAAUUUCGAUUUAAAAACUACAGAGCCAAAAGCACGAGAAUACGAUGAAUUUGUUAGUAAUAUAAGAGUGGGAUCAAACAACAAUAGUUUGAAAACGACUAAGAAACCACAGGAAUCGUUCUCCACGGAAUGGUCUGAAACCAAAGACGGACAUGGUGGCAAUGUUGUUACAAUAUCAACAAAUAAUAAAAAUAUGUCUUCAGAAGAAAAAAGAAAAUCUUACACUAAGUCUAUAGAGAUAGGGGAACCAGUAAUGAGAGUAGUGCCGGAUGUGAUAGAAGGUAUUAAAAGUAGAAACGACCAAAGAGAGAACAGAACUUUGUAUAUGGAACCAGGAAACGUUUCUCUUACAAUGACACAAGAACCAAUUCAAAAAACAGUUACAGUAAAUGUAACGGAAGAUGAAUAUGGAAAUAAAGUGAUCACACAGAAUGUUGAAAAGUUUUCUACUCAGUACCUAACUACUAGAACAGAAGCGCCAUUACAGAUCGAACAAAUGAGUUUUGGACUUAUGAAAACUUCUGGCGAUAUAAGUGAACUGAACUUAGAAGAGGGUAAUGUUAAAGAUUUCGAUAAAAGAGUAUUGGAUGAAAUUAAACGGCAAAAUCCUAACAUGCAUUUCACAUCUAAUGAACCGUCGUAUACGAAAACAGAAACAAUUAUACUAAACACUACGGACUUAGACGAAAAACAAGCAAAAGCAUUAAUGGAAAAACUUCAGAAUGAUCCUAGUUUUAUGGCGCAGAAAACAUCAGAAGAACUCUCACGGAUGGGAAUAAAAAUAAUCAGAGAUAUAGAAGAUCAACACACUACCAGUCAAGAUUCUGUAGAAGUUUCCAAAACAAGAUACUCAAUUAAUCCAACUAUGAUGCCAAUAACAACACAAAAAUAUAGUAAAUCUGAUAAUACGGAAGAAAAGGGAAAUCUGACAGAAGGAAGAAUAGAGAAGGAUCAUAUAACAGAAAUUCAAGUUGUUACGCCUUGGACAGAAAAGAUGAAGCAAAAGAAAGAUGAAACAAGCAAAGAUACGGAUAAAAUAGCUAGUAGACAAAGAGCACCAGUUUACAGAGAACCAUUGUUGUCAUACGAACUCGAUAUAGAACUCCUUAACGAUUUUAUUCUAAACGAAAGGCAUCACACAGCUAAACAGUUGAACGAAAUAAAGAAACGAACGAAAAUCGAACCAAAGAAAAGGCAUGCAGACUUUGAUUUACCAAGGAACAGUCAUAUUAAAUUCCGUACAGCGACUUAUGAAUCACCAAAAGGGACGAUCGUUACUAGCACGGACUUGGAAAACCGUAGACUUUCACAACUAGAUCAAAUGCAACUAAGAGCGACCAACGAUCAGCCAGUUUCCAGUCAGAAACCGACAAUUUCGGCCAAACCGAGCAAUAUACCGGUAAAACUGUCAGAGAAAACGAAACCCGUAUCACAGGGAGUAUCGUCAAAAAUACCCGUUUCCGCAACUGUAAAAUCAUUUAGUCAAGAAAAUUUAUCGGACAAAAACUUCUCACUACCUCGUUCACCGCCACCAGGUCUAAGCGGUAGUUCUGGAAAUAUAUCGGUUACUUCUAUAAUUAAGACUAGUUCCAGAAGUCCUAGUGGGGGUAUGCUUUAA